AAAACACCUUCGACAGAGAGACGUUAGAAUAUACACACCCAAUUUUUCUUUAUUUUCGAAAACAAGCAAAAAUAAAAGCAAUGGGUGGUGGUGGAGCUGGAGCUGGUUCAGACAUUGCACUGCCUCCCGAGAAGGUGAAGAUUGUAGCCACAUGUUUGGUGGUUGCGGUUGGCGUAUCCCUCUUAGGGUUAUAUCUCAAGUCCAGCGCCGAAUGGAGGUCUAAUUGGUCAUUAUCUUUAAACAACAACAAGAAGAAGAAGCCAAUUCGAGUGUACAUGGACGGCUGUUUCGACAUGAUGCACUACGGACACUGCCACGCCCUCCGCCAAGCACGCGCCCUCGGAGAUCAAUUGGUGGUGGGCGUUGUUAGCGUCGACGAAAUUAUAGCCAAUAAAGGUCCUCCAGUGACACCUGUCCAUGUAAGGAUGAUUAUGGUGCAUGCGGUGAAAUGGGUGGACGAGGUGAUUUCAGAUGCGCCAUACGCUAUAACUGAAGACUUCAUGAAGAAGCUUUUUGAUGAAUAUAAUAUUGAUUAUAUUAUUCACGGCGAUGAUCCUUGCGUCCUCCCUGAUGGCACCGAUGCUUAUGCGCUCGCUAAGAAAGCUGGCCGUUACAAACAGAUUAAGCGCAGUGAAGGCGUUUCCAGCACGGAUAUCGUUGGUCGCAUGCUUCUGUGUACUCGAGAGAGAUCCAUUAGUGACAACCACAAUCAAUCGUCAUUGCAAAGGCUGUUUAGCCAUGGGCACAGCCAGAAACUUGAAGACAGUGGAUCUGGAAGUGGAACUCGGGUUUCUCAUUUCCUUCCUACUUCACGCAGAAUUGUACAAUUCUCCAAUGGCAAGGGGCCAGGGCAGGAUGCUCGCAUAGUUUAUAUUGAUGGUGCGUUUGACCUCUUCCAUGCUGGACAUGUCGAGAUUCUCAAGCUUCCUCGAGCACUUAGAGAUUUUCUUGUUGAAAUACACAAUGAUCAGAUAGUCAGUUCUAAAAGAGGAGCACACCGUCCUAUUAUGAAUCUUCAUGAAAGAAGUUUAAGUGUGUUGGCAUGUCAAUAUGUGGAUGAGGUGAUUAUAGGUGCUCCAUGGGAAGUAUCUAAAGACAUGAUCACAACCUUCAACAUCUCUUCAGUUGUCCAUGGGACAGUUGCAGAGAACAAUGACUUUCUGAAGGAAAAAGACAAUCCUUAUGUUGUGCCAAUCAGUAUGGGUAUCUUCCAAGUUUUGGAUAGUCCUUUGGAUAUUACAACCACUACGAUAAUUAAGAGGAUUGUAUCAAAUCAUGAAGCAUAUCAGAAACGUAAUCAGAAGAAGGCAGCAAGUGAGAGGAGGUAUUAUGAGGAUAAAGCUUAUAUAUCUGGUGAUUGACUCUACGCCAAGCCUUAUGGGUUGUUGACUGAUCGUUUACGUAGUUAGUGGUACCGCUAUAAAGAAGUUACCUGAGCACCAACAUCACAUGCGGCCCUAUAAGGUUGUGAUUUGUGGUCGAGAUCACAUGCUAUUAUUUGCUUCUUUGUCAGGCAAAUGAUCUCUUGGAAUUAGAUCCAGGAUACCAUUAGCAAAAUUGAGGAGCUGGAUUGUUGAGUUUUUUAAGAAAUCCACUCGGGCAUUAUCUGAGGCACUCUUGGUUGGACGUUCAUAUUUGUUACAAGUGAUCGGAUAUAUAUGUUGCCCUUAUGCUGUACCUAAACGCAGGCCUAGGUUGGGAUUUUAAAGAAUGUAAUUCUUCCCUUCUCUCU